UGUAAAUUUAUUUUAAACGAGAACGAAAGGAAAUUUCUAUUGCUUGUGGAGUAUAAUUUUAGUUGUAUACGGUAUUUAUUUUUACAAAUUGUAUAUAGCUAGCAUUUAGUUUCAUCGACUCUACCAAUUGAUGGACAUUUUUCAAUAUUCGUUGUCGGCAAAUGAAACUCACAUGCAGCUAUUAAUUUGAACUUUUUAUAGGCAUGCAUUCGCAAAACAUAUGUUCAUAUUACAAUCAUGGCGAUAGCGAACAUUAAAUCUUCGCGAAUUCAUAAUUUAAUAUUCCAAUCAAACAGCUUAUAGUUGUUGGUGACGUUGUCCUCUAUAUUUCAAUUCAUUGAAUAUUUUUGCGUGUCAAUGCACUCUAUUUAUUUUACUAUAGGUUAUAGAAAUUACGCAGACUAUUAUUAUUCGUCGAAGUAAAUGCAACCAAACGAAAAUCAAUAAACUAUGUGAACUCCAUGUAUUUGAUAUUCAAUUAUUCGCAUAUUCUCGUAUUUCGUAAACUGAAUACCACCAAACUUAAAUAAAGAAAGAAUAUUAUGGCAUUUGAUGAAAUCACGUGUCCCUUCGUCAUUUCUGGUUAUUUAUUUGUAACACCUAUAAUCAUAUAACUAAAUAAUUACACAAAAUAAUUACAUUUACACACACACAAAAAAAAAAACUAUAUAUGAUUCUGUCUACGUUUAAAUAACAAAAAGUAUCAAAGUUUGAUAUAGUGAGACUAUGUAUUAUGUGAUUGCCGUAUUAGGGAAUUAAUAUGUAUAUCCAUGAAUCAAUUCCAUGCAUAAGCACCUCAACGGGUUUUCCUUAUGCUUUUUCGUAUAUAUAUUACUAUAUUAGAAUGCCAGCUAAGUUUGCUGAAAAUGAUCAUCAUGAUCAUAAGCGGUUUGGUGAUAUGAAUUUAUAGUAGAAAUGAUCAUGCUGUGGAAUGAUGGUAUGCAUUUGUUUCCCGAAUACCUAACCAAAAUCUAUGUGUUUGUGUGAGUGGGGCAAAUAUAAUUUUGUAAGUGUAUGCGUCUAUGUGUUUGUGUGAGUGGGAGGGAUCUAUGUACGUGACAUUAGGUGGAACAAAUACAGCUAUUCCUUUGUGCAAUGCCAUUUACAAUUGUCAGCGAGAUUAGGACCCAUAAUCAAGAUCCUAAUCAUGUAAGCUAAUUAAACAAAUUUUCAAAUUAGUUGAGUGCCCCUUGUUAAAGACCUUAUAUUUUAUUCAAAAAUUAUAUAUAUAUAUAUAUAUAUAUAUAUAUAUAUAUAACUAACCAAAACAGAACACUACAUGUAUAAAAUAAAUUUAAUUACCAUUUACCAAACUAACAUUGUAUAUUGUGGACGAAUUUUAGUUAUGUAUUUGGGAAACAAAUAUUUUUAUUGGUUGUUUAGACUUGCUCAAACCUCCUAAAACUUAUAAAAUAAUGAUGGACCGGAGUAUGCAAGAACAAGAGGAUCAAUUACCGUCCCAUCAUUGCGUGCGAGUUAGGAAUGAAUUAAUUAUGCCAUCACUUUCUUCUUCUUCUUUUUUUUUAAAAAUUUGAGAAUGAAAAUAAAUGAAUCUAAAACAUAGAGGGGGGUGGAGGAACUAUAGCUAAACAGUGUUGGAUCACAUGAAGAGGAAAAUGAUACAAAAUAGGGAAAGGGGCAAUAACAAUAACACAUCCCCACAUGCUCUCCACUUUGUCCCGUGAGUUGUUAGGUUGUGUCUAAAGCCUAAACACGCUUUUCCUCUUUCUUAAUCUUUUCAUAUAACCGAUAAAAUUGUUAUAUUGCUCGCAAGCUCAUGGUUCUUUAAUGAUACGUUGUAGUUUGGUUAAUUGUGUAAUGGCGUUAUAUUUGAGAUUCGGUCUCUCUACCGCACAAGUAAUUGAUUAGCUAAAAUGAAUUUGUUUUAUGUAUUAGUGGCUUAAUUAGAGAAUUAGAAGAAAAGGAAUAAAUAAAAAGUUAAAAAUGUCAAUUCAGAAGUGAAAGACGGGAAGAAGAGGUUAGCGUGAUGUCGUUUUCAUGCUAUAGUAGGGCCACGUCAAUUGACUCUGCAGCUCACGUGAGAAAUUACUGUAGAAUCUCAAGAGUAAGGGCAUGACUUGAUUUUCGAACUUGUAUAACAGGGGCAACUCGGUAAUAACAUGUUAUACUUGUAAAUGUUUGUUUAUGGAAUUAUGGGCCAUAGAUUAAGCUCCUAAACCAUUCAUGGUUCAGUUGGUACUUUAUUCUUCCUUUUGACUUACAUACGUAUCUAACAUAUAACUACAAUUAUUUUAGCAUUUUAUCGGCAACCUGAUAUAGUUUGUAAUGAAAAAAAAACACGCGUGAAAAAAAGAAGUUUUAAUUUAGAUACACCUGCAUUUACCAGGUUUAAAAGAGAAUAAAGGGUCCAUCCCAUAAAUAUUGAAAAAGUUCUCUUGCUAGUAAACUAUAAAUCAAUCCAUAUGCAAACUUUGCAGUUUUUCACUUUAAAACAAAAGUUUUAAGCGAUUUCAGCAUUCCGGGCUCAGGUUCGCACUUCAUCUCUCUCAGCUGGUCUCGCCGAAUCUCUGCAUGACUCAUAACGAAGAUGUAUCGACAAUUCCCCUCUUUCUCGACUGGUUUCUUAAAAUGGGCCUCCUAAAAGGAUUUCUUUUUGUUGUCUUUAACUAAUGGGCUAGACCCAAGAAACAAAUGCCUGGCUGGGCUGUAGUCUUUAUGUACGUUUUCUCUUUUAAGUUAAUAGCAAGCCCUUUAUCAAAAAAAAAAAAAAAAAAACAAAAGUUUUAGUGAGAUCAAUAUACAAUAUACUGAAAAAGCUAUAGUUAGAUCAAUGUGCAUUACUUUAUACAACAGGUACAAGUUGGAAAUUCGAGCAGUAUAUUUUAGCCUGCUUUUAGACGAACGGUACAAAAACAGUGAAUGGUAGUUAAUUAGGAAACUAAAUUAAUUCUUAUAGCAAAAAAAUAUCAUUUUCUUAUCUUACAUAUAUAAUCUUACAUGUAAGGAAAAACAAUACAGAGCAAAUUAUUCAGGGAAUCGUAAGAUUUAUAAAUUAGCAGACUGAUAUAUAAAAAAAUACUAUAUCAUUUUAUCAUAUAUACAAUAUAUGAUCCAGUUCAAAAUAAAAUCAACGUGAGAUCUCAUAUCACAAGUUACAACUCAUCAGGUUCAUGCACACGACAACAUUUAUUUUUAAUCAAGCAAUAAACAUCUCUUUACAUGUUAGUUGUUAAUAUAUUACAAAUGCUCGUAGGCGGAGUUCUACAAUUGAUCGAACCUUUGCCUUUUCAGAAAUACAAUUAAAAUUUUAAACAUUAAAUCCUGUAACUUUAGCAUACACAGAAGAGUGUAUGGGAGAGCACCUCGUUUGGAUUAGCUGGCCUCUUUUUCUUCUUUGUUCCCUUCUAAAGAGGAUUAUUAGUUGUCUCUAAUCAUUGUUAUUUUCUUAAUAAUAUAAUCAUAAAGUAAAUUAAAAAGAAGAAUAAGAAGCUGGAAUUCAAGAAAAACAAAUGUAUUUGUAUUACGGACAUUCCUCUGUACAUUUGCACAGGAAUCCUCUUAGGGAUCAGUUAACAAUAGUAGAUUAUGUAUCAUGUGUCCUAUGGUAAGACACGGGAUUAAAUAACUAAACGAUGCAUUAAAUUAAAUUAGCUAAAAAUGAAGUUUUAACCUACAAGGUCGGAUCCAAAAGUGACACGUGGCAGUUGCGCCGCGUGAAUCACGCCGUAUCACGUGAUAAGAAACCUUUUGGCUACCUCCCAUCCAUCACGUGGCCAACUCACACCUCUCGAUUAUUGCGGGUCCCACAUUUUUUUUUACGCUAUCCCGUUUUACUCUUUUUAUUUUUUUCUGUUUGUAAUUUUAAUUCUGUAUAUAUCACGAUUGUUGGUACUGUCAUAGCUAUUGUAGAAUUGUGCUACAUUCAAAUAAGAUUUUAAUUUUCAGGAAUAAUUAUGAAAUAAGAUCAAUUAAUCAUGUCAAACAAAAAGGAAAAGAUUAAACGACUGUUGAAAAUAUCACAAGAAAAAUAGUUGUAACUUUAGUACAAAAACAAAUAGUCGUAACUUGUAAGCAGUAAAAAAAAAAGGAAACAAAAGAAGGUGGAAGUGAGAUUUAGAGGAGCAGCAUAGUCACGUGUGCCCAUUCCCUGCCGUUAAACUGCCACACUGCCUUCCGUCUCGCGUGCGGUGGGUCCCGUCAUCUCCAUUCUCCAUAUAGUCGCCGCACUGUUGAACCUCGUGACGCCGUUUAAAUCCAAACGUUGCCGUUAACUUAUAAAAUAUUUGCUGUUGUAUUCAUAUACCAAGAAAUAGCGUCAAGAAUCUCAAUAUCAUAGUAAAAAUACCUAAGACAUGCAGAAAAAAACGAGUAAACUUGACAAUAAAUUUAAAUAUCAUACUUGAUCCAGAUAUAUUUUUUUAAAAAACUUAUGGUUUUAAAUUAGGAUAUGGGAUUGAGAAAGAUAGUGAGAUUUUUCUGCGGGCAAAUGGGAGGAGAGGAGAGACGUGAGAGCACGUGCCUGUAAAGAGAGAGAAGCGGUGGUGACCGGUCGCUUUCUCGUGAUGGUAUCACGUGACAGAAAUUAACCCAUCUUCGGGUCCCAAGUUUUUUUAACUCUGACAGACAAUAUCAGGGUUACAAAUUCGAGGUAAAGUAAACUGGUGGGUCAUAUUGUGAAUAAUGUUAUUUUCCUAGUCCCUUGGCUAAUAAAUAGCACACAGUACUGAAUGUGUUGCUCUCUCUAGUGUAAAUUUUUUUUUAAAAAAAUUGAGUUUAAUAAAGAAGAAAAACACUGGAAAAAUGAUAUUACAAAGACAAUCAUUUAAAUUUUAAGGGACGUUGAUUAAAAAUUGAUGCUAGAAAAUUAAUUUUGUUAAAUGAACACUCUAUUAAUGGUUGAAUAAGAAAAUGAAGAUAAGAUAAAUUAAGAUGGGAAAUAGAAGGAGAGGGCAUGUGGAGUCCUUUCUUGAGUGACCUGUCGGUUUAUGGGUCAUUGAUAAUACGUGAAAGCGAAAGCUGUGGAGAGAGUUAUUAAUAUAAGAUGAUGCCAUCCGAGAGAGAAGACUCAAAAAAGAGAAGAUGUGUUUUCUUUUGUUCUGUUCCCACACUGUUUUUUUCUUAUGACGUGGCUCUCUCACGUGCCUGGACUUAUGCCCCUCUCUCUCUUUUUAAUUCUUUUUCGAUGGCGAUCUCGAUUAAGACGCGGCCCACUCAUUAUUCGACAACUGUCUCAAUAUUCCCCUUUUUGGAUGGUCCAAAAGUAUCUCGCUUAAAAAAAUUAUAUUCCUUUUUCUAGUCAAAUUAUAAAGGCAUGAUCAAUGCUGUCACGGAAAAAAUUAAAAUAAAUAAAGCAUAUGAUAACAUGGGCCGUGCAUGGGCCGAUAUAGUCUCACUUCAGUCCAUUUCGGCGGAUGCUAUCAUCAUGCCUUCCAGAUCGAUGAUUAGACGUCGACGCAGGAGACAUUAUCCGAUUCAAAUCAUCGCACAACCGAUUACCUCUCUCGCCGCCGUUGAUUCCGGCGACGAAUCGAUCUCCGAUUGCUGAUCUUCCUCUACAGGCGUAAGCCUCGUCAUGGAUCCGUCACACCAGCGCGUUGAGCAGUCUCAGGUAACUCUUCCUCGCGACGAUGAUAACGAUGGUACGGUGUCUCGUGAUGUGAUAGUAGGAAACUGCGACGUGGUUGUUGAAUUAGGAUUGGGAUCUGGAACCGUUUUUAUUGAGAAUAUAGAUAGUGAUGUUGUUGAUGUUAACAACCUCAAUGGUUUUGAUGAACCUGAUGACGAUGAUCUUGAGCUUCGCGGUAUCGCAUCGAUGGGAAGUCAGAUUCGGUUGAUUACAAUCGAAUCGGGAUCUGAUGAUGAUGAUGAUCAUCAUGAGAAUGAGAGGGAGGUGUGGGGGAUUGAUUUGAAUGAUGAUGAUGAUGUUUAUGAUGAUGAAGAUGAUGAUGAUGAUGUGAAUGUGACUAUACCUCUUUGUUGGGACUCACUCCAAGUAGAAGAUCGUGGAGUAGCUGCUGAGGAGUUUGAUUGGGAAGAAGUUGAUGGUGGUGGUGGUUUAGUGGAUGAAAGGGAGAUACUAACCGGUUUUGCAGAAAUUGAUGAUGGUGAUGGUGAUGGUUUGGAGGAUGAAAGGGAGAUAGAGAUACUAACCGGUUUUGCAGAAGCUGACAUCGAUGAGGAUACUUCGGUUUCUAUCUCCAUCUCACCGAUGAUCUCUUCAGAAGGUUUAGACACAGGGGAAAGAACAGAGGGGGCCGCGAACCUCGAGUGGGAAGUGUUGCUGAACUCUCAUACUCUUGAGAUCAACUUUGAUGUGGGAAACAGAGAGAUCUUUCUUACUGGUGAUAAUGAAGUUAACAUUAAUGCACCCGAGUAUGACAUGUUGUUUGAACAGUUCUCUCAAGCUGGUCUUGCCAAUCUCCGGAGGUUUCCUCCGGCUUCUAGAUCUUUCAUCAAGGAUCUCCCGAUGGUUCAGUUGGAUGUUGAGAAGGAUGAAGGUGCCGUCUGUGCGGUUUGCAAAGAUGAGAUGGAUGUCGGGACCGAAGCUGUUGGGUUGCCCUGUGAUCAUAAGUACCAUACUGAAUGUAUUGUUCCAUGGCUCAAAACGAGGAACACAUGUCCUGUUUGUCGUUAUGAAUUGCCUACAGAUAGUACAGACUAUGAGCGAAGGAAGAGCCAGAGAACAACAACUAGUAGUAAUAAUAUAUGGUAGAUGGAUUUGGUAAGCAUCGUCUAUAUAUAAUUGUCUUUAUCUUGAAGAAUAUGUAUAUUCAAUGUUUGGAUUGAGUCAUGCUUCAUCUUUAGUUUAUUUUUAUCUUGUAUUUUCGCCUCAUUUAUAUAGAGGAACAUAUGGUAUAGGCAAUAGAGGAUAGCCUUUAUUAUUGUUUGCUUUUAUCUCAUUUGAUCAAAGCUUGGAUUGCUAGAAAGCUAUAUAUACAGUUUGUUUGAAAGACAAAAUCUUAGAUCAUUCAAUCAUGAAUUUUUAACUCUUGUAAAAUAUGGUUCUAUUAAACAAUCUGGUCUAUUUGAUGGACGACUUUGACCACUCCCUCCAUCAAAACCUUAAGAAAACCGGUCCCAUACUGAGCCAAAAACUGUGCUGUGAGCUUCAGCAAGCUUAGGAGGGAUACUCUUCACUCUAUAAUCGUAUUGUUUCAAAACCAUAUAUUUUAAGUGUUUUUAAAUACAUCUAUUAAAACAUUCACUUGUAAACCCUAUAUGUUUAAUUGAAUUAUAAACCAUAUAGUGGAACCCGUAGGUUUUUUCUAAACAUUCUCUGGAUCAAAUCCUAAAUAAAAUUUGGGAAACGAAUCUUGGGAUUCGAUGUUGGUAUCAAACUAUCAAUUUGUAGUUGUGUAGUUACUGCAGGAGGAUGCAUGUGAACAAAUGUC